ACGACCAUUUACAAUUCGGAAGAGGGCGUUCCGGAUGUAGUUAGUCAUGCGACUUCCUUUCGGUUUUUGGUGAAUGCUGAUUGGCCAGUCCUGUUCUAUGGAGUUGGCGCCAUUGCGAGCCUCCGUGCUGUCUAUAGAGCGUUUUCACACAUUUUCUACUCUUUGCCAGUAUUAGUGGUUUAACCACGACACAAUGGCGGAUAAAGACGCUGCAUUUGAUGAUGCUGUGGAGGAAAGGGUGAUCAAUGAGGAGUACAAGAUCUGGAAGAAGAACACUCCUUUCCUCUACGACCUGGUCAUGACUCACGCUCUGGAGUGGCCCAGCCUCACUGCCCAGUGGCUGCCUGAUGUCACCAGGCCAGAGGGCAAAGACUAUAGCGUGCACAGACUGGUUUUGGGAACACACACUUCUGAUGAGCAGAAUCACCUUGUAAUUGCUAGUGUUCAGCUCCCUAAUGAUGAUGCCCAGUUUGAUGCAUCACACUAUGACAGCGAAAAAGGAGAAAAUAUAGAGUUUGGAGGCUUUGGCUCUGUAAGUGGGAAGAUUGAGAUUGAGAUCAAGAUCAAUCAUGAGGGGGAAGUGAACAGAGCCCGCUACAUGCCUCAGAAUCCUUGCAUCAUUGCCACAAAGACCCCCACCAGUGAUGUGCUGGUCUUUGAUUACACAAAGCACCCCUCCAAACCUGACCCUUCUGGAGAAUGCACCCCAGAUCUGCGGUUGAGAGGCCACCAGAAGGAGGGCUAUGGCCUCUCCUGGAACCCAAACCUCAGCGGCUGCCUCCUCAGUGCUUCUGAUGACCACACAAUCUGCCUAUGGGACAUCAGCACAGUGCCCAAAGAGGGAAAGAUAGUGGAUGCCAAGACCAUCUUCACAGGCCACACGGCUGUGGUGGAGGAUGUUUCCUGGCACCUGCUUCACGAGUCGCUCUUUGGGUCUGUGGCCGAUGACCAGAAACUUAUGAUCUGGGACACGCGGUCCAACAACACCUCCAAGCCCAGCCAUGCAGUGGACGCCCACACAGCUGAGGUCAACUGCUUGUCCUUCAAUCCCUACAGCGAGUUCAUCUUGGCCACUGGCUCUGCAGAUAAGACUGUGGCUCUUUGGGACCUAAGGAACUUGAAGCUAAAGCUGCACUCGUUUGAGUCUCACAAGGACGAGAUUUUCCAGGUUCAGUGGUCUCCUCAUAAUGAAACAAUCCUGGCCUCCAGCGGCACCGACAGGAGGCUCAAUGUCUGGGACCUCAGUAAGAUCGGAGAGGAACAGUCACCGGAGGACGCUGAGGAUGGCCCUCCUGAGCUGCUGUUCAUCCACGGCGGACACACAGCAAAGAUCUCCGACUUCUCUUGGAACCCCAACGAGCCAUGGGUCAUCUGCUCUGUAUCAGAGGACAACAUCAUGCAAGUCUGGCAGAUGGCUGAAAAUAUCUACAACGAUGAAGACCCAGAAGGUGCUGCAGAUUCAGAGGUCCAGGCAUGAGUCCAGUCUCCACAUCUCUUCGUUUGACCUGCUUGUUAAAAAUGGAUUCGUUUUCCAGUGCUGGGCGCAUAAGCAGUAAUCCCUUUUUUAAAAUACAUUUUGGGCAGCAGUGUUUUUUGAAGAACAUUGACAGAAUAAAAUGCUGCGUUGUCAUCAUGUGGUGAUGUAUUUAAAGUAAGUCUGUAUCGGUCAGAAUUUUAGAUCUUUUUAGUUUUUCAAACUCCCAGUACUCAACUCUGGCUUGUGAUGAAACCAUCACAGAUGUGUCCAACGUUCAGGUUUGCUUUUUGAUGGUUUUAUUUCUUUCAUCCUGAUUAAUUGUGCUGAAAAUAUUUCUACGAAGAUCCAUUUUAAAUAAAUAUUGUAAAUACUGUA